GCCAUUGGCAGGUUGAAACUUCCUGGUCUCAAUUUUGUGGAAAUUGCUUACGACCAGACAGUUGAGCUAUUAAAGUAAUUUGAAAUAGGCGAUAUCUUACCGGAUUCCCAUCGGUACUGCCGUCCACCACUACCAUACCUAGGUACUCCCACUUUUGGAUUUUUCUUACACAGUAGAAAUUAUUACUUUAGAAAGAAACAGCACUCCAACACUCUCCAAAAAUUUGUUAUUGCAGUAGUGCAGGUAUGUCAUGCCUUUUGCUACAUGUUGUUUUUCCAGAUGUAACUAGCCGCUGUUCGAAGUUUGAGAAUGCAUGUUGGUGGCGUUGGGCGGCAGUGAGUGACCAUGGAGCGAAACGUCGUGAGGAGGUCUCUUUCUUCAAGCUUCCUUUAAGAUGUAUUUUACCUUCUCUGUACCCCCCUUCUUCUUGGGUCAUGCAAUUGAAUUAAAACUCUUCUCAUUUCAUAAAUUAUAUACUACGUCCAUCGAUUCCUUUUCCUCGAUAACAUAGGGGCAACCCAUCCUAUCUUAUGACACGCCACCGUUACAGUCCCCUUUCGGGACGCAAACACAUCAGACUUGCUAUAAUUCACCCUGGAAAGUUCGAAGACGAGAUUUUCAUUUCAUUCCAAACCUCAGAAUUCCCUGACACCACAUCUCCGUAUGAAGCUCUCUCAUACGUCUGGGGCUCCGACAAUAGUUCUCUACUGGUCUACGUUAAAUCGGCUGAUCUCGCCGUAACCAACGAAUCACAGAAAGUCUCGCUGGUAGAAUUUGAAAAUAUCUCGAUCACACGAAACUUAGACAUUGCUUUAAGAUAUCUGCGUUAUGUUGACACAUCACGGGUUGUAUGGAUUGACGCGCUCUGCAUCAACCAAGAGGACGAUGUUGAAAAGGGUCCUCAGGUCGCGAUGAUGAACGACAUUUACCGGCUCGCAAGUCGAGUUGUUGCUUGGCUCGGCCCCGAAGAAAACGAUAGUAACCGUGCUAUGUAUCUCAUAGGCUAUCUCGGGUCUCAGGUCGAAGUCAAUCUUUCCAGAAGGAAAAUAGUACCAGUAGCAAAUUGCCAUGAUCCCACUAUCGGCGACGUCAACGUCCUACUUCCUUUUCGCGAAGAAGAUCUCGCCUCGAUUUAUCACCUCCUGUCCCGGAAGUGGUUCGAAAGGCUAUGGAUCAGGCAAGAAAUAUAUUUAGCUGGCCCAGAAGCGAUUGUUAUGUGUGACCUUUAUCAGGUCAAGUGGUCAAUUUUUCGACGAGGUUUGAUGUGUCUCUCUAUAAAACUGCCACCGAUCCUGGAACACACUGACCUAUAUGUCGCCCGACUACGUUUCCUGGAGGGAUUCAUCUUUCACGAGCCGAUUGUAUAUCUAGUGGACAUAAAAUAUAUUUUCAACAAUGCACAGUGCCUAAAUCCGCAGGACCGGCUCUAUGCGGUAUGGGCAUUCUUCACAGACGUCGAAAAGUCGUUCAUUCCGCCCCCAGACUAUACUCAGCCUUACGAGAAGCUUUAUGCGACCGUCAUACGAAACUUCAUUAACCAUUUCGGUUCCUUAAACAUUCUUUCCGAGUGUCAGCUACAAGAAACCACAUGUCCGAGUUGGGUGCCUGACUGGUCAAAACCUUUUGCCAAUUUCUAUCGAUCUGGUUUAGCCAUGGGCUUCCAUCGGUUCGCGGCGUGGUACGAAUUUCCGGAGCCUGGCGUACUGAGAGUAAUGAGUGUACACAAGUGUACCGUCUCGAAAGUCCACCAGGUUCCGCUCAUGUUACGCUUUGCUGAUGCCACGCUUGAGGGACUGCGAAUCUUGUUGACAGCUUUAGAUCAAGAGGAGCAUCAUACGAUAGAAGACUAUGCUAGAUUACUAGUCCACGACAUAUUCAUGCACACGAUGGAGCCGCCCGAUUCUGCUUUUCCGGAUUUCGAAGAAUCGAAACGGUGCGUAGAGUUUAUCAUGUCUGAUUCUGAUAUCAACAGUGCCGAAAAUAGGGAGUUCGUGUUUUCCCCAGGCGUUCGCAGAUUCCUUUCGUCCGCUAGGAAUUUAAAGGGGUUCCAACUCAUUCAGUGCACAGGUGGUUAUAUAGGGACCACCACGGCACCAGUACAGCCCGGCGACGAGGUCCAUUUUCUACUUGGCUGCUCUACCCCCUUAUUACUUCGUCCGCAAGGCAAUUGUAAAUUUCGAGUAGUUGGUUCGUGUUUUGUUCUUGAGUUAUCGUUCGGCGAACCUUUUCUAGGGCCUAUGCCCAACAACAUCGUCCCAAUCCAAAAGUUUGACGAGAGAUAUGGCCGCCAUGUUCAGGCUUUGAAAGAUCUCACUUCGAAUGACAUAUUUUACGAAGACCCGCGUCUGGAAUCGCUGCCGAUCCCACUGGACCUCACAGAAUUUCGCAGACAGCUACAAUACAAUUGCCUUGCAAUGCUUUAUAUAAAACCAGAGGUACUUAGGGCGUGUGGAGUGGAUUUAAAUUGUAUUGAUUUAGUGUAGUUUCUCCUUGUUUUUCUUUUUACAAUUAUUGUACACUUA